AUGUUUACCGUGCAGCGAAAGUUUUCCCCUUGUGGGAAAUUCUGUGCGUACAUUAGCCAGCAGGGGAGAUUUGUUGUGUACAACGUCGAAACCAACGUCAUCCAUCAUGUGUACACACCGAACAUGCACUUGAAUGUGCCGUGCACCAGCUUCACGUGGAUUCAAACGAAGGCCAAGAAGAAAAACAAAAAAUCCCGGUCUAGCCUCGUCGAGGAUACCCCCGACGGGCAACUGUUGGCGGCGUUCGGUACCAGAAAAGGUGCUGUGGCAUUCUACAGUCUCGCCACUGCGAAGAUAGUAAAUACCUGCCAGGGUAAUGGCCAUUCGGCUUCUAUCACGGCAAUCUACUUCAACGCUGAGAACAAUCCCGACAAGUUGUAUACGGCCGGCGCUGAUGGUAAAGUCUGUGAGUGGAGCAUCAGUAAAGCAACGCACCUGAAGACGUAUAACAUUGGAGUAGAAAAGCUUACUUGUGUCCUGGAACACUCGGGCAUUAUACUAACUGGAGCCAAGCAACUGCACGUGUGGGACACUCAGAAUGAAAAACUGCUGCGCACCUUGAUCGGUCACACGUCGAACACACAACUACUGAAACUUGUGCCGGUUGAUGAGGAGGAAAUUUACGUCCUGUCAGGAUCGGAGAAUGACCGCCACAUAUCGCUUUGGUUGCUCUGUGACAACAAAAAAACCUCUCCAGUGGCCUCUUUCGCGCUCGACGAUGUGCCCGAGUUCCUAUCCCCAAAGUUAGUGGGCAAAAAAUUGCAUCUGGUAGCCGUCUCAAGAUCUGGUAUAGCAUAUUACUUCGUACGCGACUUACAAAAAUUGAGCAUGAAGAAACCGUAUCGAGCCAACCACACGUUUGAGGUGGCAAUUGACACAGUGAGCGCGAAAAUGAAGGCUGUCGACCGGUUACCCAUAUUCGUGGCCACCGUAUUGUACUCACCGCAACAAGAACAAAUCCUGCUGGGCUAUGGCACGGAGAUGAACGUGCGCUUCGAGCAAAUUGAUAUCGAUCAGGAAACUAAAUUAAACCUUAUCAUUCGCGAACCGGUAAAGCUUUUAGAGGGCAAAUCGAAAGACGGUGAACUAAAAUCAAAAACACCCGAAGUCGAUAGUAGCAAUGUGGAAUAUUUGAACCCCGCCAAUGCCAGCAGGAAAAAUGUUAAAAAGGUUGAAAUUCCCAUGGAGGUUCGAUUGGAAAAUCUCUCGACCCCCAAAAGCAGCCCGAAGAAUAUGAUUCAUCUUUUAGUGCAAGGAUUACACAGCAAAGAUGCAACGCUGCUGAAAAAUGUUUUCGCUGUGGAAGAUUCGGAAAUGAUACAACAAACGCUCGGUAGACUACCGGCGCAGUAUGUGAGCGCCUUAUUAAACGAGCUGUCCCUAAUGAUGCAGAUGAAAACGAUGCACGUUAAAACGGCAGCCUGCUGGUUAAAACAUUUAAUCAGCAUACACGCAAGCCAGCUAAUGGCUCUAGGAUCGUCGAACUUGACGGAUAAUUUCGCUACCUGUGUCGGGAUAAUCGAAUACCGUGUUCAACAUUUGAGCUCCCUGUCCAAACUACGAGGACGGUUAGGUUUAAUAAUUGAUCAGAUCGACCGCAGUAAGAAUCAGGCGAAUCUGGAAGGAGAUAAUGAAAACGUACUCGUAUACCAGGAAGAAUACGAUUCCGACGCAGACUCGAUGCUAGAGAAGGAGGACACCGAUCAGCCAGAAUCUUCCAACGAAGAGCUGUACGAGGACGAUGAUGAGGAAGAAGAAAUGGCAUCCGCGACCAACACGAGUCAGAGACGUCUGCAAAAUGGAUAUACCCACAAGAAGAGUCAUGAUGAAUCGAUGGAAGUCUCCGAUUAGA